AUGGCUUCGUCUCCAUUGUUCCAGGCCCUACGUGUGGCGUACAAUGAUGAUACUCCAGACGGCUACUGGGGAGAAAAAACUUCGACUUUGAACUUCUGCGAAGAGGACUACGUAGUUUCUUAUUACUGCGCCGAAGUUUGCAAUGUUACUGAGAUAACCGACUUGCUAGACCCCAUGCAACUUAUCGACGAGCUCUCUAUGAUAUAUACUACGUGUCUCAUGGUCUUUGCAACAUUUUCAUUCUCCAAGUCUGGCAAAUUUUCGGUCAUUCUAGGGAGUGGUCUCAUCCUUUUGGCUGGCUUUAUUACGGUGCGUAGUUUCCAUCAUAAUGCCUUCACAAGGCAUCGUGAUCAAGUUGUUUUGCGCAGCUUGUAUGUUAUGGAGACGCAACUGCGACCAGUCCUGACGGAAAGAAAUAAUGACAAGACCAACAACAUUCUCAACACCAUGUGGAUCAUGGUUGGAACAGGACUCGGCGUUUUCCUCAUGGGCUUUCUCAUUUGGAAUAUUGACAACGCUUUCUGCAGUCAGAUGAGACAAUGGCGGCGACAGCUCGGCCUGCCGUGGGGCGCCUUACUCGAGGGUCAUGCUUGGUGGCACUUAAUGACAGGUGUUGGAGGUAUGGAACAGAGAACAGACGAGCUUCUCAUCCCCGAAGUGAGCUAA